AUGUCUGCGGGAAACUCAUCUCAACAAGAUGCUCAAUAUGAAGCUUGCCACCGGGUGCUGGGCAUAAACCAGCUUGUGGACCACAUCGUUGGCUCUAUCGGCGAUGAUUAUGACGAUCACAUAGGAACAAUGUAUAACUUUGCCCUUACCAACAAGACUCUGGCCGACAACACUUUUCGCCACUUGUGGUCGAAGAAGCAAGGCAUCAUCGAUUACAUCAAGCUGCUUCCCGACGAUAUGUGGAGCGAAGCAGACUCUCUGACUGGUGAUGGCAAACAGAUUGUGCUUCUUCAGGUUGAUUUCGAGCGUGCAACACGGCUCCGGGGCUAUGCACACCAUUUAACAGAGUUCAUCUGGGAUGUGAAUGAAGACUUCCUUUCGAAUCCAUCGAUUUAUCGUUUCUUUGACAACAUGCCUGAGGGCUUCGUCCUGUUCCCGAAGCUGCGUACCGUCCACUGGCAACAUUGCCACCCUCGUUCACUCGUCCUCCUCCCUGGCGUCCUGGGUCCAUCCGUGAUAGAGCUAUAUGUCUCCAACUACAUUCCUGCAUGCGCAUGUCACUUCGAGUGCAUACCCAAGCGAUCCCCCAAUCUGCUGCUGCUGGAGAUCAGCGGAUUCACCGAAGAUGAUCCCUUGCCCGAUGCCAUCCUAGACGGCCUGAACCUCAGGACCUUCGAGACAAAUUGCCAGAUCUCUCCACAGGCCAUCCUCGCGCUAUCCGCUAUGUCUCGUCUAGAGGAUAUCAGCCUCUCGAUCAACGAUGAUGAUGAGUUUGAAGACCUCGAGUUUCCGUCCGACGUGCCAUGCUUCCCAUCUCUACAGUCGAUCAACGUCGACGCACUCUACCUGAACGACUCCUGUGUGGCACUGAUAAAGUCCAUCAGCUCGUCGACGCUCGAAGAUAUCCGCGUUGUUACAGCGUACUCCGUCGAGACACACAUGGUCUCAGCCCUCGCGCAAGCCGCGUCGGCCCACCGGCUGCGCGGCUUCGCUCUCAUCGCGCGCGAUGAUGUAGAUGACCUAGACAUGCCUGAUUCCGCGUACGAGGUCACUCUCAACACCCUGUCGCCACUCCUGCAGAUCUCAUCAGUGAUAGUUCUCCACCUCGAAAUCGCGUCUCUGGCGCUCACGCCCGAACUAUUUCACACAUUUGGCCGUGCCUUUCCAGUAUUGGACGAGCUAGUGCUGUACGUGUUUCCGACACAGUGGCCGACGCUGGAUGCCUUGAAGAUCAUCGCGGACGCGUUCCGUAUUCUCAGGAGAGUUGUCAUACCGCUCAGCGUGCGCGACAUUCCCCCCAUCCCCAAUGACUGGAAAUCUUCUUCGAUAGUGUACAUGAUGGAGAUAACAUCGGGGCCCGUGCCCAACCAAACGGCCCUCGCUGAAUAUUUGCAGACUGUGUUCCCUCGCCUACAAACCCCUCGGCAUACCAUUAUGGACGAGUUCAUCCACUGA